UUAUUUAAACAUUCUCCGAAAAUACCCAGUAUAUUUUGUGACCAUAAAUGGGUCAUUUUCAAAAGGAAAUACCCGCGCUAUGCCAAUGUUGUGAAAUUGAAUUGCGUUCUUUGUUUAUAAAAAAAAUAUCUUGUGAUGUCCCAAAUAAAUGAGAGUUGUGUUGAAGUCGGAAAUAGCCCUAUUUAUACAGGAAACAUAACAUAUGAAGAUAAAGACAAUCGUUGCCCUUUGAAGAUGGUGAACUCUGGUUGUACGAGUGAUGAAUUAGUUAUGGAUGUUCCCAGCACUCCAGCAAACAUUGAUGACAGUAUUAAUUCCGAAUGUCAAAUUUUGGCGCCUAACAAUGAAAAGCUAAUACACAUUAAUCUUGGCUCCGAUGUUGAAGAUGCUGAUGAAACUCCACACGGACUUGGCAAUUUGGAACGAGUGGAGGAUGAGCAUGAGGCUGGUCUGGUCGCCAAUUACGCAAGUGACGAGAAUGCCAUAUUUGUCAGUGCUGACAUUUAUGAGCGAGAGAAAGCCAACUUUGAUGAGCUUGUUCAAAACACGCUUAAAGCUGAGAAGCGGAAGGUUCAGCUGGAAUCCCAAGAUAAGUAUGCGUCUGAUCUGGACGCGGCAGAAAAGGAUGUACUCCAGCUAAAUGCUCGACUUGCAUUGAUGUCCCAAUACAUCGAUAAUUUGCGAGUGGAAAGUGAACAAGGCAAUAAAGAUAAACCAGGUCCUAGUUCCGAGGCUGGAGCUGAAGCAGAUGAGAAGCCUAGUUGGUCACAUAUAUAUGCUGGAGUCAAUCGACAUCGACACAUCGCAGGUGGCAGCGUGGCCGAGUUUUAUCAACAUAAAACCAAUAUUAUCUCUGGUCUGAAGACGCUCUAUGAACCCGACGGGCCUCCGCCCAGUGCAUCCGAGUUUACCAUACAACCAAAGGCGCUGCUUGUGCCGCUGCUGCCACAUCAGACCACGGGCCUUAAGUGGUUGUUGUGGCGCGAAGCUCAGAAAGUCAGUGGUGGCAUAUUGGCUGACGACAUGGGGUUGGGUAAAACACUAAGCAUAAUAGCGCUGAUCGUGGCAGCCAACGAAAAUAAGCGACUGGUUAUGCCUAAAGUCAAAACCGACUUUGAUUAUAAGAAAUCGUUUGAACAUCAACUACAGCUGUUCAAUAAACUUAAAACACCUUGGAAACGCAUUAAUAUUCUCGAGAGCGAUAGCGAAGAUGAACCAGAUGUAUUACCACCCAAGCGCCCAUUUCUGCCAUACGAAGAAGCUGAUGAUGAGCGUCUUCUGUUGCCUAACGACGAGUGCUCUUACAAUGCCGGCACCCUUAUUGUCUGUCCCAUGAGCGUGAUGUCGCAGUGGGCUGCCGAGGCAACCACCAAGGUGAAGCACAAGGAACUUAACGUGCACACGUAUCAUGGACCAGAUCGUCGUGCCAUUAGUGUCUCAGACUUGCGCAGUAUGGAUCUGGUCAUCACAUCUUACAACACUCUUGUCUCUGAAUGGAAGCGUUUUGGCAGCGACUCGCGGCUGUUCAGCUCACGUUGGGAACGUUUGGUGCUUGAUGAGGCGCACAUCAUACGAAACACGAAGACUGUCUGUUUUGGGACCGUCACCAACAUUAAGGCCCAGCAUCAUUGGGCGUUAACUGGAACCCCCAUACAGAAUUGCGCCUUGGAUUGCUUUGCUCUCCUUAAGUUCCUGAGUGUGCCAAAUUUUAAAGAUCUGACGCUAUGGCGUCGCUAUCUCAACCAAGGCAUUGCCGGUCACUGCCGCAUGAGCUAUCUGAUUAAACCCCUGAUGUUGCGACGCACCAAGUUGCAACUGCAGUUGGCAGGGGAAAUGCCCGCGCUGCCGCCGCUGCAGGUGAAACUAAUCGAUGUACAGUUGACACCGGCAGAAAUGAACGUUUAUCAAAUACUCUCCGCAAUAUCUUUGAGGAUAUUUGCUCAGUUCUUGCGGCAACGCGAACAAAACAAUCAAGAUCUUCACUAUUAUUCUGUGCAGACCACACCCAACUUUAUUGUCGAUGAAGUCGAUAGUAAAUACAAGGCGAUAUAUGAAAAUUUCUUACGCUCCAUUGGCUACGAUCCAAGGGAACGUGUUCAAGGAAUUUUCAUUUUGGUUCUUUUUACUCCGAUUACGGCAAUUCUGCUGUCAUCCGGGCCUCAUGGUAAAGGUGAGAUGCUCUGCAAUGAGUUUAAUAUAUCUGCAGAUGAGGAUGACCAGGACGAGUUGGAAAGUGAGUAUCUGAAUAUCAACGGCCAGGGCACAAUUGAGAAGAGCACUUUUAGCGCCAUCAAGAGUGAGAAAAAUCCAGUUAAAGAAGAAGAUGAUUUAAAAAAAGAAGAGUGCCAAAGUGGUAUUAAAUAUGAGGAAGACACACUUCAUACAUCUAUGACAAUGGCCACGGCAAUGAAACUAUUGAAUCCAAGCAAUCCGAUAUUUGAAUUUAAACGCGACUCUUCUAAACUGCGAAUGGUAUUUGAGAUACUGCAAAAGCUGCUCCAAGAGACAAACGAUAAAAUCAUUGUUGUCUCCCAAUGGACCAGUUACCUAGCUGUUAUUAAAAACCGAUUGGAUGAGAUGGGUCAUGAGACACUCGACUUCAAUGGCAAAAUGGAUGCAAGUGAGCGAGGCGAGUCGCUAAGUGAAUUCAACAAUACGAGCAACAAUAAGCGCAUCUUGUUGCUCUCAUUGACUGCUGGCGGCGUUGGACUCAACCUGAAUGUGGCCAAUCACUUGCUUAUGGCUGACUUGCAUUGGAAUCCUCAGUUGGAGCGCCAGGCACAGGAUCGUAUCUAUCGCUAUGGACAGAAGAAGCCCUCGUUUAUUUAUCGCCUUAUGUGCAAAGACACUGUGGAGCAACGUAUUAAGGCUCUCCAGGAUUACAAAAUUGAAAUUUCGAAUGUGGUCUUAAAUCCUGGUCAAGCAUUGCAUAUCUCUGGUAGCAAUGGUCUUUCAUUGAAGGACCUGAAAAAGAUUUUUGGUAUGCAAUAAUUUGAAGUCGAUCAAAUCUGACACGUCAUCAUCAGCCCAAAGAUUGCUUUUUCUAAGUUACUAAUAGGAAUUCUCACUCUUAAAUAUAUUACUUGAAUAUAACACGGUGGCAUUAUAAAACUAUAUAUGCCAUGAACUAAACCAAUUCUAAAUAAGAAAUCUUAUACAAUCUGCUUAAUUCAUAAAAAUUUCAAAUUUUUCAAAAAUUUGAAGAACCCUCGAUUUCUAGCGUAAGAUCAAAGUAAUUAUUGCUAAUUACAAUAUUAAUAACUUUCGUAAAAGUUACCAAUUUUUUCAUAUUUGUAAAACAAGCUAAAGCAAAAAACCCUCAAAAAUAAUACCACCUUAUUAAUGUAAGAAGAAAGAUAUUGAAUUAAUUUACAUGUUUCUAUGUAGUUAGAAAUUUUCGUUUAAACUUAAAUGUAUUCUGGCUAACCAAAAAAUUCAUUGCAAUGUUUGUUACUUAAAUAUAUAUUUGUUUUUCUGAUUUCAAUAAAGAUUUUGUCUUUAAGCAACUAUCAAUCUAAAUUGUAGAGUAAAUAAUACAAGCAUUUGUAUACCUGUAUAGAAACUGAGUUUAUUCGGAAUUAACCAAGGGUUUGUUAAUAAUCAAAUGAAGUGAUUGGACAACGUGCAGAUUUUAUGUUUUAUGUGUACGGCCAGAAGCUGAAAGCAAUUUUAUGUUCACUUCUUCAAGAUGCUAUUGACGGCACAGACAAUGUUUCGAGCAGAGAUGCCGAACAUGUCAAUGAGAACAGCGGGG